AUGGCAGUGGUGGAGGCUAUUAUCUCCUUUGCUGUGGAGAGAAUUGGCGAUGUGAUCAUACAGGAAGCAAGAUUCUUGUACGACGUAAGGGGCAAAGUGGAAGAAAUGCGAACUGAACUAAUGCGCAUGCGGAGUUUUUUAAGAGAAGCGGAGUCAGGACAGGGAAAUGACAGGAACAUACGCACUAGGGUUGCAGAAAUCAGAGACAUUGCUUAUGAUGCAGAAGAUGUCCUCGAGAUUUUUGCCCUCAAAGCAACAUCCAGGAGAAGUUCUUCUAGAUAUGCCUCCUUAAAAUAUUUGUUCUUUUUAUGUAAGGGGAAUGAUACAAAAUUGCUCCACAAGGUGGGAUCAGAAAUUGAGGGUCUUACAACCAGGCUUACUAGAUUAACCGAAAGGCUACCAACUUAUGCCUUAAGGGACAUCGAGGAAAGAGAGAGGCCAACAAGCUUUUCAGAAAAUAGGGUCAUUUAUCGGCAGUCUUAUUCUCACAUGAUUGAACAAAAUGUUGUUGGGUUGGAGGAAGACACAAAUUUAUUGUUCACAAAACUUGUACGCACUAACUGUCGAGUUGUGUCGAUAUGUGGGAUGGGCGGCUUGGGAAAGACUACUCUGGCUAAGAAGGUUUACCGUCAAUGUAGAGAUGGGAGCCAUUUUGAGUUUUUCAUUUGGGUAUUCGUGUCACAACAAUGGCAAAAAAGGAACAUUUGGGAGACAUUUCUUCACGAGCUUAUUUCUCCUUCUAAAGAACAGUUAGAAGACGAGAAGAUCGAGAAAAAGUUUAAAAAAGAAUGGAAAAAGAUUCAGAAAAUGAACGAUGGUGCUGUGGCCAAAAUGCUCCACGAUGAACUGAAGAAGAAAAAAUGUCUAGUGGUACUUGAUGACAUAUGGGACAAUGUCUGGGACGCAUUGAAACCUGGCUUCCCAACUGAGGAGACUAGUACCAAAUUUAUGAUCACCUCCCGCAACAAAAACUUGGUUCAUCUUGUGGAUCCAAGCGUAUUCAUCUAUGAACCAAAAUGCCUGAAUGAUGAAGAUAGUUGGGAACUACUUGAAAAGACUGCAUUAUCGACACAAAACAUCAAUCCAGCAGCCUACGGGGUUGAUCCGAGCUUGGAAAAGCUAGGGAGGGAAAUGGUAAAACAUUGUAGGGGUCUGCCACAGGCCAUCGUUGUCCUUGGAGGUCUUUUAAAAAGUAAAAGAACGUACGAUGGCUGGGAUACGAUGCAUGAAUGUAUCAAGUCAUACUUAAAGGGAGAAGAUUUCGGAAUUUUUCAGCUGCUGGCUUUAAAAGAUUUUCAGGUAUCCCGGGAUAGAUUGAUUAAUUUAUGGGUGGCUGACGGUAUUAUAUUACCUCCAAAAAUAGAGAGAGAAAGUGAGGAAGCAUUGGAGGAUAUCGCAUAUCGUUACUUGACAGUGUUGACGGAGAGGUACAUGGUUAAUGUGGAAAGAAGAGAUUCAUCUGGAAGAAUCAAAAGGUGCCAAAUGCACGAUCUUAUGAGGGAGUUUUGUUUGUCCAAGGCUGAAGAGGAAAAUUUCUUUCAAGUUCUACCAUUCUACGGAGCUAGAGAGAAGAGUUUGAAUAUUUCUUCUUCUUCAACCAAAGAGAAAGGCAGAGUUCGCCGACUUUCUUUGCAUUUAAAUAACUUUCCUGGAGACAUUGCCCUGGAAUGCGAAAAAUAUCCCCCAUUCAGGUCUAUUAUAGGUUUCUCCUUAGAUGGACACAGUGGUAUAAACCAGCUACUUAUUGAAACCUUCGUUCGAAGCUUCAAAUUGCUUAGAAUCCUAGAUCUCGAAAGAGUUAUGGGUUUUGGAAUACCUGAAACAAUAGGAAAGUUAAUUCACUUGAGACUCCUGAAUUUGAGGUCUGCUUGGAUCGGAAAUCUACCUCCGUCUAUAGGCAAAUUGAUUUGCUUGUUGACCUUAAGAUUAGAUCCUUUUGAUUCAGCAUCAACCAUUCCGGAUGUUUUUUGGAAGUUGAAAAGAUUGAGGCAUCUAUAUCUUCCUAGAAAAGCUGGAAGCGGCACAAGAAGCUUGCAAUUUGCGGAUCUGAGCGACCUACGGACACUGGUAAAUUUUCCAACAUCCAAUGCUGACGUAGAAGAUCUGAUCAGACUGACCAAUCUUAGGAAAUUGAAGAUAAUGAUAUCUGAUGAAAUCUCACUCAGGAGGUUUAAUGUAAUCUUCGAAUCCCCAACCAUCACAUUCAACCACCUUCGUGAUUUUUCGAUAAUUUGUCGUCGGCUACCUUCAUUAGAAUCUCUGGUUGUAGACAACAUUAAAUCACGUUGUCCUCGUCUUCAGCGGCUGAAACUGAAUUGGAGUGUAGUUUACGAGAAGAUUGAUGUCUUCAGAAUUGAGGAAGAAUAGGAUGCAACCGGCCCUAAGAAGCUUGACAGAAAGGAGCAGACUUAUCCUAUGCAAGGACGUACAUUAAUGUUUCUGUCAGGAAGUUUUCCAUGCAUGUUUGUGGGAGCAGCAGUUUCCAAGGGGAGUUUGCAAUAAAGUUUGUUUGUAAAAAAUGAAUGUAUUUGUAAAAAAUGAAUGUAUGUAUGUAUGGGAGAUGUUAGAACUAAGGUCGCAGGUUGAUGCUUGCUUUAUUGCUACUUGGGAACCAUCGGAUCAGUGGUAGGCAUUAGACGUCAGCCAGAUGUUUUAGAAUCGUGCAGUUUGGUUGUUUGCCCUAUUCUGUUUGUGUAAUAAUGCUUAAAAGUUAAAACCCUACUAUGCUGUUAUUGUUGAUUUAUGCUUUACAGUAAUGUUAUUUCUGUUUUUAUUUUCAUAAUGAUUAUUGAUUAUUAAUUUAUUUUUAUUUUCAAAAUAAUGUCUUUAUUUUGAUUUUGCUUAGAAUCCUAGAUCUCGAAAGAGUUAAGGGUUUUGCUAU